AUGUCUGUGGUGCGGAUUCAACUCACGGGGUGGGAGGAAGGAUACGCUCUUAUUGAUCUGCAGCUGCCUGUUGUCACAUGUGUGCUAGCUGUGAUUGUCUUUCUCUGCCGACGAAGUCUUGGCGCAUUAUUUCUGCGCGCCGUUGCUGGCGAGUGCUCUUUAGCCGAUGAUGGCCAUGGCAGCACGACCGGUCAGGCUGCGAAUUACCGCCCGGCAGCGCUCCUCAUGAUUUUUCGGCAUUUGCCGGAACUUCCCGAGGUUAUUGCCACGUUUGAUGCACAUUUUCCGGGGGUGUUAAACGAGAAUGACUUCUGUGCAUUUGCCAAGAGGCGUGUGUUUGUGCAUCUUCUUACACCGGAUGGCCUGCGAGAGGACCAAAACCUGCAUCAAGACGCUACCCACGAAGUCGAUGGCAGCCGGAAUGACAAAGACAACUCGUUGGAGAAUGCGAACCUGACGAAAGGUGAAGUCGUCGCGUCACCAAUUGUGAAGAAGCGCAAUUGGGGUCGUCUCCGACGACUCCUUCUGGGGGAUCGAAGAAAGAACAAACAGGUGAAGAAGAAGAAGAUGAUGAUGAUGGAGGAGGAUGUGAAGAGCCGAAAAGGAGAAGAAGUGGAGGAGGAGGAGACGGAAUUCUGCUGCGCUGAAACCAGUGGCACACAGAAUGGCAGUAACGGCGGAAGGACACAAAAAACGCCUUUGGAAACGCUUAUUCUGCAGUGUGGGGAAUACCAGUGGGAGCGGCUGGUACGACUGAGGGCGGUGCAGCUUCUAAACACAUCCAUGUCUUUGGAGGAAAACGACAUUUGGCAUGUGCAUUAUAUGAAGUUGAUUCAAUCCGUGGUGAAGGAUGAAGAUUUUGACGACGAUAGUAGCAGGGUUACAUGUGGUGGAGUUCUCGUCUGUGCUGCCCCGCGCAGCCCCGUGCCGUUGUUGCAGAUGGCACUGCAGAGUGGGCUACUCUGCCGCAAGAUGACACUUCAUGGUAGCGAAGGCCCUGCUGCUGAGCCACCAAUAAUAGAGUCUCCGGUGAUGUUAUCCGUGCUGUCGUUAUUUUUCUCUUAUCUCUUAGAAAAUUUUAUUUACUGUCUAGACCUCGUUUUCAGCAAUGUGGGACACUUGCUGCAUGUUCUUCUAGCAUAUAUCACGUGGUUGUGGUCUUUACACUGGCAUUUUGGCAGCAGUCAAUUGGAGAGAGAUGGGAGUGCAACAAGACCUCAGUUUAUGCCCACGGAGGAAUUGCCCGGCAGUCUGUGGAUUCUCCCAUCCCGCUCUACAUCCCUGUUGCAACUUAUUGCGGAGCAUGUGAAUAAAUUUGCCCUAUCCUCAGAAAACCGUUUGGUGGGUGUGUGCGUUCAUGAUGUGGCCUCCGCUGUGAAUUUAGGAACACUGGGGCGCGUUAUGCAACAAAAUUUGCAAGACGUCUACGCAGAAAAGAAAAGCAGCAGCAGUAGCUUUAGUGGCGUUGCUGCCUAUAUAUCACGGCUUCUUUUUUAUUUUACCUCGGUUAGUGUUUGGUUGCAGCGGCGCUGCCGGAUGUGUCAAGCGUUAUCGUUGGGUGAAACAAGGUUUAAUUCUGGUUUUUUUGCCGAAGCUGCUGUUGCGGCUUCUCCGGUGAAUACCCGCAUGGCGUCCUCUGAAUCGCCAACAACAACAACAACAACCAAAGAAGAAGAAGGUGCAGCAUGGACGAGUGACGAGGCGAUGGUCAACCGUCUGCUUAGUUGUGUGGAGCGGCGCGUUCGUACUGCAGAGGGACUACCGCCAAAUCCAACGUCAACGGCUCUUUCCUUAGAUGCACCCGCAUGUGGUUGCCAUAAUCAUUAUUAUCGUUUGGGGCGGGAAGUGCCGGUGUAUUACUUUGGUGGGUAUCGUUUGCAUGCAAUGUACUGCACGGCGAUGCCUCCCAUCUCGGCUCAGCGCUCACCACACACUCCAACGUACACCGUCACAGAGUGCGGUGGUGCCACAUGUUCCAUGCUUUGGCUACCGCACCAUAGCGCAUGGAAGACUUUGACGACGACGACUACAACAACAGGAGCGGCAGCGGCAAAGUCAUUAGAAAGUGAAGAUUUUUUUCUUGAUGAAUUAUCGCAGCAUUUCAUGGAGGAACUUUUGGCAAUGGCGAAUCUUUUUCUGGGUCUUCCAGCGAUGGAAGCGCUGGAAGCAUCGUCCCCAAUAUAA